AGGUGCGUGCGUGUGUGUGUGUGUGUGUGUGUGUGUGUGUGUGUGUGUGUGUGUGUGUGUGUGUGUGUGUGUGUGCGCGUGUGUGCGUGCGUGUGUGUGUGUGCGUGCGUGCGUGCGUGUGUGUGUGUGUGUGUGUGUGUGUGUGUGUGUGUGUGUGUGUGUGUGUGUGUGUACACCUUGUGGGUGUAUUGUUUCGUUGUAGAUGGAGCAAGCGGGCGCAGGAAAAUUUCGAAAAGGUGCGCAGAGCGACUCUAGCAUCCUACCUCCGCUGAGAACUCCAGCUGUGGGGCGUGAUAGUAAAAACUUUCAUAGUCAUAGCCACUCAGCUCAGGUAGACUAUUGGAAUGGAACAAAGAUGGAAGCACGUCAAAGAACGAUGGCAACUGGCUCGUCAUCUCCAGGCACAAACGUUGAGAACAAAUCAAGUCAAGCUGUUACUAUGGCAACGAAGACGAGCGGCACUACAAGACGUUUGUUAGCCAAUCGUAGUGAAAGGCAACCAUUUCAACUUCGAAGUUUUUCGGCAGAUGAAAUUUGUCAUAUGUAUGAGAGUCUGAGAACAUUGAGUACGUCUCAGAGUAGUGAACAUGGUAGCGGACGAACGUUGGCACUGAACAAACGUGAAACAGACACGCUGGAAAGUUCUUCUCAAUCGGCUUUUCAAGUAGAUCCUUGUGUUGUUGCUAGCUCCGCUGUUAGCAAUGGUGCCAUAUUCUCUUUCUCAAACGAUGAUUCAUUUGGUGGGCAUUCUGCAUCACCACACAGACACAGAAAGAAACACCAUAAAAGGAAGAAAGGGAACGUCAAUUCAAACUCAGUACAUCCUGUUGAUGUCUCCAGCAGACAAUUGACAUUUGAAGCCAAACAUCUUGAUACAUUAAAGUCAUCGAAGCUAAUGCUUCUUUCUACAGAUGAGGUUUUGAAUCAUCGACAGGCUGCCAACAAGUUGUUGCCUUUAGACAGUGGAGUUACAACUGCUGCAGAUAGAAGCAAAGGGAAACAUCAGGAGUUUCUUGCAGUUGAACAAUCCCACAAACGGCUACUCUCUUCCCUUGGAAAGGAUGCUGAGAGUAUUAUCUCUUACACACCAGGAACUUGUGGCCCAUUGUCUGGUAGCCUACAGCAUACUCCUGUUAUGAAUACAUCACAACUUUUUGAUAAAUCGAGUUUACUAACUCCAAUAUCUACACGUUCAGUACGCUCAGUGAGCGAGUUUGAGUAUAGUGACAGCCAGUUGGUUAGACAGUAUUUUCCUGACAUGAUGCUAAAGAUUUUUAUUGGGACAUGGAAUAUGCACGAACAGAAGGAAGUGGCAGACAACUUAGAUGACUUUGUUUUACCAUCUAAUGUGGAGACAUUACAAGACCUUUAUGUUAUUGGAGUACAGGAAACUUAUAUGGACAGACAUGACUGGAAUGUCAAACUUCAGGAAACACUUGGUUCAUCACAUGUGCUGGCUUAUUCCUGCAGACAGGGUUGCUUACAGCUUUCUGUGUUUAUCAGAAGAGAUCUUAUCUGGUUUUGCUGUGGAUUUGUUGAUAGCAAUGUGAUUACCACAUUUAAACCAGCAAGUUUGAUUAAAACAAAGGGUGGAUUAGCAGUUGCGUGUACUAUAUUUGGUACUUCCAUGUUAUUUAUCAACUCUCAUUUAUCAGCACAUGAAGAAAAAAUGCUGGUUAGACACACCGAGGUGGCUAAAGUCUGUCAAUCACUUACAAUCCCUAAAGGUGGUGCAUAUGGACAUACGGCUGAUGUAACUUAUCGUUACGACUGUGUCUUUUGGUUUGGUGAUUUAAACUAUCGCUGUGAGGCAGAGCGAAGAGAAAUGGACAGACUGCUCAGUGAAGGAGAUAUUCAGGGGGCAUUGACAAAAGAUCAGCUUGCAAGAGAAAUGAAGAAAGGAAAUGUAUUCAAUGGAUUUUCGGAGCAACCCAUAAGGUUUCUUCCAACAUACAAGUAUAAUCUGAAUAGCGACAUUUAUGACACAUCAGAGAAGAGUCGCACACAAUCAUGGACAGAUCGAAUACUGUUCAAGUCUCGAUAUGGGUCUACAAUUACUGGACAUCUAUAUCAGUCUUGUGAUACUAUAUCUUCAUCUGAUCACAGGCCUGUUUGUGCUAUGUUCCAAGCCAUGCUGCAAGCUACUGGAGAGAACAGUUUGCCCAAUGCUCCUGUUCAAUUUGAUCGAGCUGUAUAUUCUGAAGGCAAUGCAAGACGAAGAGCAAGGCAUAUUUCUUCAUCGUCUUCUCAAGCAUCUUCAUGUGAUAAUAGCAAGAGUGCAGUAUGUGUCAUCUUAUAGCCAAGAAUCAGAGUAGUUAUAGCUGUUCUCUGAGUUUGUAUUUGCUGAAAGGGAUGGAAUGUUUUUAAUUAAGAAGAUAUAUUUAUUUUUGAACAUUUUUACUUUUAAUAAAUGUCAGUGACUGAA